AUGGCGAACGGGGGGCAUCGCGGCGUGGACGUGGCGCGGCGAUUGAUUUUCGAGGACUCGACGCGACGCGGGACGGGCGCGCGCGAUGGGAGCGCGCCGGGGACGCCGGAGAGGGAGGGGCGGGCGAGCGCGGGACGCGGCGCGAGCGCGGGACGGGCGAACGCGGGAUACAGCGAUCGGUACGUGCCGUCGAGGAGCGCGAGCGCGGGAUUUCGGGGUGAUUUUAGUAUGCUGGAGGCGUGCGCGAGCGUCGGGGUCGGGGCGACGGGAGGGGGUAGGGGUGAAGAGAUCGGCGGCGCGAGCGGCGGCGGCGGCGGACGAAUCGGUCGGGACGGACGCGGCGACGCCGAUCGGGGACGGGAGGGGGACGCGAAUCGCGAUGCUGAUAGCGCGGGCGCGCACAGGGGUGAUGGUGGUUCGGCGCGAGCGCACGAGCGCGAGGAUACGAGCGCGGCGUACGGGGCGUUGUUGCGAAGCGAGUUGCUCGGAGACGUGUGUCCGCCCGAGGCGUACGGCGUGACGCCGCCGGCGACGCCGAGCGCGGCGAGGUACCGACCGCGGACGCCGGCGACGCCGAUCGAUGGAUCGUCGUACUCGUACUCCACUCCCGGAAGGAACUUGUUCAAAUUUCGCGACGAUGGCUCGUUCGGGACGAUCGCUCGAGGCGAAUCGCCGUACGCGUUGAAUCCAGUCGGCGACGGCGACGGACCGCUCGGCAUGACGCUUUUAUCGCCGCGCCGCCGCGCGCCGCGAAAGAUCGCGCGUAGUCCGUUCAAAGUACUCGACGCGCCGGCGUUGCAGGACGAUUUCUACCUCAACCUCGUCGAUUGGAGUUCGAGCAACGUGUUAGCCGUCGGUUUGGGAACGUGCGUCUACCUGUGGAGCGCGUGCACUAGCAAG